AGAGAGCGGCUCGUCCAUUGUGUUAUUCCAGCUCUGGAUCCAGCAUGCAUGUCUGCCUGUCGCUUGCUUUGACUGACUUUGUGUCGUAAUUCUCUUCCCAAUCUGAUCUCCAAGCAGCUCAGUCCAGGACCCACCGGCACCGAGAGCACCGCAGCCAGCCUUCACCCUGGAGGGCAAAGCCCCAGUCGAGACCAGCGGGGGGGUCCCAGGUGAUGGCGAGCCCACCUCCCUCAGCUCCAGCCCUGCUGCACAGCCUCCUCUGGCCCACACGGAGAGUCCUGGACCCUGGCAGAGCGAGAGCCUGCUGGCAGAGUCCUGGUCCACCAUGGGGGACGUGGACCCCGAGGACACCAAGAGCCUGGACAGCAGCGACGGGGCGGUCCUGGCCGGGGAGGAGAACCACUCCUCCAAUUCCGACAUGGUGCACUUGGAGCGGGAGGAGGCGGAGAUGCUGGAGGAGGCGGCCGGAGAGGAGAGAGGAGGGAGGUCGGAGGAUGAGGAGGAGGAGGAGGAGCUUCAGACCAGUGUGCUGAGCGUCUUGGGUGGCGAGUCGGAACGCCAGGAGCUCCCGGAGCCGGCGGAGGAAGCUCACACGGAGCAGGAAGCGGCUGCGGAGGUCAUGCAGGUGGUGCCCCCCAUGGCGCUGCCACCCCUGCCUGUCCUCCGACUUGAACCCCCUUCCGCCACCUCCACUCCGACCGCUGCCGAGGAGCUUCCUUACACCGCACCGGGGCUCCUUCCUCCCUCAUCCACCCGUCCCCCCGUGGAGCCACCUGCCGAGGGGCUGGAACUCACCCAUGAGAAGCCCCUUUCCGAGGAAAGGGGACACCCCGCGAAGGGGUCCGCCGGUCCCACCACCGAGCUCCCAGUUCUGCUUUGCGGGGGCGCGGCUUUGGUGGCGGUGGUCGGCGUCGUGGCCUACGGCGCCGUGGCCUACUGCAGGAAGUAGAACCUUCCCUGACACGUUAGCGAUAUUCCACUGUCAUGUGAUGCCAGGUAGCAAAUCCACGCUGCUGAUUGGUUGAUUGGUCGGAUUGCGUUUGUGCUACCUCAGCUCGCAGCAGAGCUCACGGCCUUGCUUUUCCGCAACCACAAAUGUGCGGCGAAUCUUACCGAGGAAUAAACAUUUCCUGUUUUUGAUUCUU